AUGAGAGACACCGAAGAAGAAGACUGGGAAAGUGACAGAAGACGGAGAAGAAGAGGCCGGCCACAUCAAGUUCACCGCCGAGAAAGGACGAGGAGAGGCCGGCCUAACAGAGAACACGGCAGGGAAAGGCAACCGGUGGUCAUGGGGGCAACCCCUUUCCACCACUCGAUCCUUGGAGUACGACUACCAAAGCACUUCGACAAACUGACAGACAUGAGGUACGACGGUACCCAAGAUCUCCAGGAACAUCUAACGGCCUUCGAGGCCAGGAUGAACCUGGAAGGGGUAGGUGACGAAGUGAGAUGCCGGGCUUUCCCAAUAACCUUAGCUGGGCCGGCGAUCCGUUGGUUUAACGCCCUCCCCCAGGGCUCCAUAACCACGUUUGCCGACAUCAGUCUUUCUUUCUUGGCCCAGUUCACCACGCGCAUCGCCAAAGUAAAACACCCGAUUAACCUGCUAGGGGUGACGCAGCAAAACGGCGAACCAACCAGAAAAUACUUGGACAGAUUCAACGAUGAGUGCCUCGAGAUAGACGGCUUAACUGAUUCGGUGGCCAGCUUAUGCUUGACCAAUGGUUUGCUAAAUGAGGAUUUCCAAAAACACCUCACCACCAAGCCCAUUUGGACAAUGCAGAAAAUUCAGAACGUAGCCAGGGAAUACAUUAAUGAUGAAGAGGUAAGUCAGGUCGUGGCAGCCAAUAAACGGCAGCUCGCAUACCCUAGUGCCCGCCCAUCCGUUGGUAGUGAGAGGUCCAAGGAACCCUCCAGAGACGGAGGAACGGCCAAGACUUUCAAACCCUUUCCUCGUGUUGGGAAGUUCAGCAACUACACCCCCCUAACAGCUCCAAUCGUCGAGGUUUAUCAGCAAAUUGCCGACAAGGACAUCUUGUCGAAGCCCCGACAACUCAGGGACAGGACGGGAGAAAACAAAAACCUUUAUUGUGAUUAUCACAAGGGAUAUGGCCACAAGACCCAAGACUGCUUCGACCUGAAGGACGCCCUAGAGCAGGCCAUCCGGGAAGGAAAGCUGGCCGAGUUUGCCCACCUAAUAAGGGAACCUACGACACACAGAGGGACGACCCUUUGGAGGGACAGGCAGCGACAGCGCCAGGAUAAUACAAGAGCUGCACCACAGGGUGCAGAACUUGGAGCGAGAAGUAGCCAACCGUGA